UACCCAAUUCUCCACAACUCAAUCCAUCUCUAUUCACCUACUUCAAGAUGGGCACUUCACAGAACAAUGACUUCGACUUCCCACGCUUCCCUCCACCACCUCCAUCAGCAAAGCCGCCUAGUCCCUCAAAGUCAUCACCGCCCCCACCAUCUCAACCUUUUGCUCCACCACCUCAUCAUGUGCACCCACCACCACGGCCUUCGCCAUCACCGGACAACCAUCCGACAGUAAUAGUCAUUGUGUUCAUCUCAUUCGGAGGUCUUUUGUUACUUGCAUUCCUCGCAGCUGCUCUCUGUUGCUACAUUAAGAAGAGAAAGAAGAAGACAGUUCAAGAAACCGAACUUAUUCACUUCGAUGAAGAAAGGAAGGUCAAGGAGGCCAUCGUUCCAGGGCCGUUUGGCUCAAAGUCUGUCUUAUUGACAAUUGAGGAUGAUGUCCAUAUCGAUGAAAUCAUUAGGAAGAAUGAGCAGGUUGGUGAAGGUUUGCAUGACAAGUCUGCAGAGGUUAUAUCUGGUCCCCAUGAGGAAGGAGCAUCUUCUUCUAGUGUUGAUCAUCCCCAACUUAAACGCAAGCCUUGAUGUCAAGCAUUUUACAUGAAUAAUGAAUGUCCUUCAUCAUCCUAAGAAAGGACUUCAAGUUAUGUGAUACAUUUAUUUUUAUUUUGGGUGUGCUCUUCAGUCUUCUCUACUCUAAAUAAAAAAAGAAGUUGCAAGAACACCAUUUCUUGGCUAAUGUAAAAUAUUUUAAGGAACUCAUAUAUUAUCAAAAUAUGUAUAAUUUUGUGUGAA